GGCAAAUUUACUCCAUCCAAUUUCCUUCUGUCUUUGUUCCUCCUGCCAACCCACAUCGUUGCUCGUGGUCUUUUGUUUAUGGGUGGCCACUGGAUUUCCAUACAAGAAUCACUCCCCGCGUCAAUUCCUGGCUGUCGGCAAUCCGUACUCUCUAAAUUCUGGACACCCUGCUGCCCAUUCUUGCUGGUCGCCUAGAAUCCAUCUUUGUUUACUCGUUUCCUUCUAGGGUGCGCUUAUUUGUGUCCUGACGGCUGAACUCCUGUAGGUUGAGAUUGUCUCAGUCUCGCCGGAAAGCGACAGAAAUUACCGAACAUCCACGGGAACACCUUCGUCAGAUAGCAUGACCGCUUGAGUUCUGUAGACAAACUAUCGUCAUGAGGCCUACACCCUCACGCAUACAGCCGCCGCCAGCGAACUACGAGGAGGAGCCGCCAGCUUAUAGCUCAUACUUUUCUGACCACGAAGAAUCUCCGAUGGUGAUGGGACUCCGUCGUAAUGGAACCACUAUGCGCUUGCUUCCAACGAGCUCGCAGGUGGAGGAAGAGAGGAAUGCUGAAGCAGGAGCUUCCUCGAUGUAUGAUGAAUAUGGAGAUUCCUUUAGCGACACUAAUAGGGCGGACAACAGAUAUGAAAAUAGCUAUUAUGAAUAUGAGGAGGAAGAGACGCCUUCACGCCCAGCAUCAAGCAUGAGAAAUGUACCGACCAUCCCUCAGCCUGCAGCAUCAGCUGUGAAUGAUAUGCACUUUUCUUCUCGGCCAGCUUCCCCGACAAGAUCUUGGUCCCCCACUCGUGGCCCUGACUGGGCCAAACCGCCCGCUCCCCCAUCUGUUGCAAGUUCACAAUAUGAACGCGCAGAUCUCAAUGGCAGUCCACGACCAGGUACCCCGAGUUCACGAUACGGAGGCAGCCCAAGGCGGCCUCUUCCACCAGCCCCAUUGUUCUCGCGCCCGGCAGGCUCUAGCGUUCAAGAUACAAGCAUCGAUAUAGGCGACGCGGACGAUGUAUUCGGCGGUGGAGGCCGAACAAUGCAUUCCAGACAUGACACACAAGGCAGCAUUAGAUCUUUCACGACCGAAUCGACAUUUAUUACUGAUGAGAAGGAGAUGGAAAAGGUUCAUUUGGACGAAGAGUAUGAUGAAACCAACAGCAUGGUUGAUCCCAACCUACACUACGGUCCAGCUCCAGAGAAACAAAACCGACGGGGAGUUCGAGACGCACAAAUGUCUAAAAAGGAAGUUCAACUGAUUAAUGGAGAACUGAUUCUGGAGUGUAAGAUUCCCACAAUCUUGCACAGUUUCCUGCCUCGUCGGGAUGAUCGAGAGUUCACCCAUAUGCGAUACACUGCUGUGACGUGCGAUCCAGAUGACUUCACGCAGAGGGGCUAUAAGCUGCGUCAGCAGAUUGGCCGAACAAUGCGUGAAACCGAACUAUUCAUCUGCGUAACGAUGUACAAUGAGGAUGAAAUCCACUUCACCCGUACCAUGCACGGUGUCAUGCGGAACAUUAGCCAUUUCUGUUCUCGUUCCAAGUCUCGGACCUGGGGUAAAGACGGAUGGAAGAAGAUCGUGGUUUGCAUUAUUGCCGACGGCCGUAAGAAGGUCCAUCCAAGAACUCUCAACGCGCUGGCAGCCUUGGGCGUCUACCAGGAGGGAAUUGCAAAGAAUAUUGUCAACCAAAAGCAUGUAAAUGCCCACGUUUAUGAAUAUACCACCCAAGUGUCACUUGAUUCCGACCUCAAGUUCAAGGGAGCUGAGAAAGGAAUCGUGCCCUGCCAAGUUAUUUUCUGUCUGAAAGAACAUAACCAAAAGAAGCUUAAUUCACACCGUUGGUUCUUUAAUGCCUUUGGUCGGGCUCUCCAACCGAAUAUUUGCAUUUUACUGGACGUUGGUACUAAACCUGAUCCAACCGCGCUGUACCAUCUGUGGAAAGCGUUUGAUCAAGAUUCCAACGUUGCAGGCGCUGCAGGCGAAAUCAAGGCUAGUAAAGGAAAGGGAAUGCUCGGUCUUUUGAAUCCUUUGGUUGCAAGUCAGAACUUCGAAUACAAAAUGUCCAACAUUCUCGACAAGCCGUUGGAGUCGGUUUUCGGUUACAUUACCGUGCUUCCAGGCGCACUUAGUGCAUACCGAUUUUUCGCUCUGCAGAACGAUGCAGAAGGCAACGGACCUUUGAAUCAGUACUUCAAGGGCGAAACGCUCCAUGGCAAAGAUGCGGAUGUUUUCACAGCCAACAUGUACCUGGCAGAGGAUCGUAUCCUGUGUUGGGAACUGGUAGCGAAGAGAGAAGAGAGAUGGGUUUUGCGAUUCGUCAAGAGUGCUGUUGGAGAAACUGAUGUUCCUGAUUCUAUUCCUGAAUUCAUUUCCCAGCGCCGGCGAUGGCUGAAUGGUGCGUUCUUUGCGGCCGUUUAUUCCAUCGUCAAUGGCAAGCAACUGUGGAAAACCGAUCAUUCGCUGCCGCGCAAGAUUCUCCUCCAGAUUGAGUCGGUUUAUCAGUUUAUGCAGUUGCUAUUUACUUAUUUUGGCUUGGCGAACUUCUAUCUGGCGUUUUACUUUAUUGCUGGCUCACUUUCCGAUGAAAGGAUUGAUCCUUUCGGUCAUCAUAUGGGCAAGUACAUAUUCAUUGUGCUGAGAUAUGCCUGUGUUUUGGUCAUGUGUCUUCAAUUCAUUUUCUCGAUGGGUAAUCGACCGCAAGGAGCCAAAAAACUGUACCUUUCUAGCAUGAUUGUGUAUAGCAUCAUCAUGAUAUACACGUCAUUCUGCACCUUGUAUUUGAUUGUUCUCGAGCUCAUGGCUAAAACAGGCCAUGAAUCUGGAGAUAGUGCCAAAUUGACCGUAACCAACGGGCUCUUCGUGAAUAUCGUGGUUGCUAUGCUUUCCACCGUCGGACUCUACUUCUUCACCUCGUUCCUCUACCUCGACCCAUGGCAUAUGUUCACGUCAUCUGCCCAAUAUUUUGCGCUCUUACCCAGUUACAUCUGCACUCUGCAAGUCUACGCGUUCUGUAACACCCACGACGUGACAUGGGGAACGAAAGGCGAUAACGUGAUCAACAACGAUCUGGGAGCCGCGCGCAUCAUCAACGGCUCGAUUGUCGAAGUCGAAAUGCCCUCAGAGCAGCUCGACAUUGAUAGUGGCUACGAUGCUGCACUCCGCAACCUCCGGGAUCGCCUUGAAGUCCCUGAGCCCCCCAUUUCCGAAAACCAGCAGCAGGAAGACUACUAUCGCGCUGUGAGAACAUACAUGGUCUCCGUCUGGAUGGUUGCCAACCUCAUUCUCGCCAUGGCCGUGUCUGAGGUCUACGGCGUCGACUCAAAUAGUACCAACAUCUACCUAGCUAUUGUGCUGUGGUCUGUCGCUGGGCUCGCCUUUAUUCGCGCCGUUGGCUCAACUACCUACGCGAUUCUGUAUGUGAUCCAGAAGAUCGUCGAGGGCAAGACCAAAUUCGACGCUGGAAAUCUCGCCCACGCAAAUGAUCGCGCUGCUGCUAGCGCCAUGGGCACGAAUUCGACCUUGUCGUACGGUAGCAAAGGCUUGAAUAUGACGGAUAAAUUGCAUGAGGCGAAAUGGUCUAUGCAGAGGAAUUUCCAAAGAGCCAUGUUCUGGAAGAAGUGACGACCUCUUUUUUUUUCAUUUUCUCGCUUCUUUUUGUGUAUGCCCUUUGUAUUCCCCCUUUUUUGUGUUGAAUGUCUUGCUUUUAGUUACCCUCCCCGCGCCUUUUUUUUCUUCUUCUUUAUGAUGCAAAUAUUGCCAUGAUAUGAUUGAUGGAUGGAUGGAUGGAAUGGAAUGGAAUGCAAUGGAUUAUUAAUGGACAAAUGUAUUUAUUUAUUUAUGGACAGAUAUGUAGCAAUGCUCAUGAAUUACUG